AUUUAAAUAAAUCUAUUGUUUUUUUAUUUUAUUUUUUUUAUAAAUAUAAAUAAACUAUAGCUAAAUAUAUUUUUUAUAGUUUUUUUAUAAUAAUGAAAAUAAUUAAAAGUUUAAUACUAAUAAUUUUUUUAUCCAUUGGUUAUUGUUAUGGCAAUAGUGAAAUUUCAAAUGGAAUCAGAAAAAUUCAAGAAUCAAUGAAGAAUUUUGAAGUAGAUGGGUGCAAAAUUGUAUUUGAUAAAGUGUCAAAAGAAACCAAAGGUUUUAAAGAGAAUUGUUUACAAACAUACUUAUCAAAAAAAAAUAAUGGAAACGAAUAUAAUUUUAUAAACAAUUUUGUUAGACCCAAAGUAGAAUCUUUAUUAGAAGAAUCCAGUUUUCUUUUAAAAAGAUGUAAUUCAGAUGAUUAUGAUGAUAAUCAUUUGGGAUUGGAAAGAGGCCAACGUUUAAGAGACUUUUUAAAAGAAUGGAGCAGCUCGCUAGAUUUACUAUGUAAUAUUGUAAUAAGUGGUUCAUACGUCCCCAUGGUAUUUGGUUUGGAUAAUGUUAAAAAGUCAAGAGCUAUCAUCGAAUGUCAAGAUUUAGAUACUCCAUUCAAUCAUUUCAGAGAUUGCUAUGAUGCUUAUUGCCCCGAAAUGGUCGUUAUUCCAAGUGGUUCAUUCGUAAUGGGUGGUACUGACGAGGAGCAUAGAGCAUUGGGUGUAGACGAGCAUAUUUGGCCAUGGGAUCAACCAAGACACCAAGUUAACAUUAAAAAGAAAUUUGCAAUUGGGAAAUAUGAAAUUACUCUAAGACAAUUUAGAGAAUUUAUUAAAGAGACUGGUUAUAGAAUGCCAAUUGGAGCCACAACCGUAUUAAGAGUUUAUAAUAAUAGAACAGGUACUCUCGAUACUAGAGUAUUGUUCACAGAGGGUCUCCAUUAUGAAGCUCCAGGUGACGAUUUCGCACAAACAGAAAACCAUCCAGUGGUUGCUGUUAGACGUGAGGAUGCACGUGAAUUUGCCAAAUGGUUAUCAAUUAAAACUGGUCAAACCUAUAGAUUGCCAUACGAAGCUGAAUGGGAGUAUGUUACUCGUGCCAAUCAAGGUUAUCAAUACUAUAUUUGGGGUAACACCACAGAAGGUGGUUGUAGAUAUUCAAAUUGUUUUGACUUGGAUUCAUUCGAUCGUUUCCAAUUUAAAUUUGAUCAUUUCGAAUGCCGUGAUGGUGAAAAAACUUCAGCAAGAGUUGGCAAGUAUUUACCAAACCAAUUUGGUAUUCACGAUUUAUUAGCAAAUGCAAGAGAAUGGGUAGAUGAUUGCUGGCACUAUGGUUAUGAAGGAGCUCCAUGUGACGGUUCUAGAUGGGGUGAGGAAAAUAAUGGUAUAUGUUAUUUUGGUGUAUUAAGAGGUGGUAGUUUCUUUUACAACACAUACAAUGUUCGUAUUGCUUACAGAAAUGCAUAUUUCAGUUCUCAGGCCCGUAGUUCAAUGUGGGGUUUCCGUUUGGUUAGAGAAAUUAAUGAAUAGUCAUUAGAUUAAAAUAAUAAACCCCUUUUAAUUUUAUAAUUAUUUUUAAAUAAACAUUUUAGUUUUUUUUUUUUAAAAAAUAUAAAGAUAUAUACUAUACU